ACAACAACCUAAUGCGUCCCUUUCCAGGGACGAACUUGCCCAGGGAAAAGCAGAUCUACAAUUACCGUCACUCCAGAGCCAGACGGGUGAUUGAGAAUGCUUUUGGCAUUUUGGUGGCUAGGUGGCGGAUCCUAGGAAGACCCCUAGAGUGUCGGCCAGACAAAGCUGUCGACAUCGUCAAAGCAUGUUGUGUUUUACACAACUUCCUGGCAUGCACUGAUGAGGUCAACACAGCUGUGAAUAGAUACAUCCCUGCAAAUUUCACAGACUCGGACACUACAGGGUCACCUCAGCUAGGAGAGUGGCGCAGGGUGGUGGCAGGGGACACUAAUUGUCACGAAUGUGGAGGAAAGAACCCAAUAGCAGAGCUGCUGUGGCCCCGCCUCGUAGGCGUGGCAUCACGCCGGAGCUCGAGCUUUUCACUUCAUGCAGCAAAGAAGCGCGCGACGCAUCACGGCACUUUUCCGCGGUUAACGUUCGGAUAUAACUGCGGCAAGCGCGCGGUUGAGGAUGAAGGCUGGAGGUUUGGCAGGAAGAUGCAGCCCCUGCUAGAGUCAUCACCUCACCAACAUCAUCCACCUCUCCGCUCUUCUGCUCGCACCUUCCACCUGUAG